UGUUAAAAUAGGUCCCCGCUUCCUGUGCAACAUUCGGCGGCGAGCUGGUUCCGGUGUGAUCUGGGCAGACUGACAGUUUGCGGCAUGUCCUCCUCCCUGUUGAGCCGCCUGUGUGCAGCCAGCCCCAGCCGGGGAGCCGGGAGUGUGAGAUGGCUGCACAGAGUGUACUGCUCCGGUAAUAACAGAGAAUAGCCCACCUCCCAGCUACAUACCCUCUCACACUGACACUACCUGUACAUUAUCACUCACAGUGUGACUGAGCAUUAAUGCUUCUCUAUGGAUUGACACCUGUAUUUACCGCUUUAUUUUCUUGUUUGCUUUCCUGUUAGUAGCACAUAUUGACACCCUAUUUCACUUGCUGUGUUUGUGCGCACUGUGUGAUUUGGCCCCCUAGAGAGUUCCCCGCUUUAGGCUGUACAUUAAAGGACCGCUAUAGUGGUCUGGGUGCCAGGUCCAGCUAGGGUUAACCCUUUCUUCUAUAAACAACUGCUAUGUUUACAUUAGGGUAAAUCCAGCCUCUAGUGGCUGUCUCAUUGACAGCUGCAAGAGGCGCUUCCCACUGUGAUUUUCACAGUGAGAAGAUGCCAGCAUCCAUAGGAAAGCAUUGUGAAUGCUUUCCUAUGGACUGGCUGAAUGCGGAUGCGCAUUCAGCCGAGGAGGAGGAGAGUCCCCCGCCCGGUGCUAGAGAAAGAGGUAAAUUUAACCCCUUCCUCACCCUAUAGCCGGGCGGGAGGGGGUUCCUGAGGGUGGGGGCACCCUCAGGGCACUAUAGUGCCAGGAAGACGAGUAUCUUUUCCUGGCACUAUAGUGGUCCUUUAACACUGACUCCAGGUGUAGUCACCUCAGCCUAUGGACAGUGCUGAGCGUCCCCCUCCUGCAUCCUAUUCUAGGUAGUUAGAAAGGCGAUGGGAAGUGGAACCAACAGGUUUAGGUUAGGAUACACUGGAUCAUGGGGAAUAGGAGUAGGACAGUCUGGAGUCAGCAAACUGGGUAGAGCAAGAUGCUGCUGUGGAUUGGUUAUCCCAGUUAUCUCUCAGCCCAUCAAUGUCAUUCAGAUUGGACAAACUUGACUUUGAAAAUUAACAGGCGGUAAAUAAUUACUGGAGAGAUUGGGUUGGUUCCCUAGCAACAAGAUGACCUUCCCCUUGUAUUAAGCAAGUCCGAAAAGGUGUAAUAUUAAACUGAGGGAUUCAAGGCAGCUUAACCGCUAUAGUAAACAAUAGGAGUUAGAUUGAUUAUAAAACCAAACAAGGUGAAAAGCGCACACAUAAAAAGGAUUAAUUACCUCACAUAUAGUCUCUUCUUAAUUUAGAAUUAUAUAUAUUAAUCCUAUAUAAAAGAGAAAUAGUACACAACAUAGUGUAAUCUGUCAGGAUAUAUCUUGAGUAAGAUUUGGAAUUCAGAACACUCACAAGUUGGCUCUGGACUUAUGGAGCAUAUAAAUAAAUUCCUCUAGCAGUUGGGGUCCCAGGAGGUCCUGAAUAGCUGGAAGCAGGAACUCCAAAAAGCGGUAGAUGUAUAAAGAUGAUUUAUUGAAUAGAUAAAACAUAAAAUAAGUGCACAACGCGUUUCAACCCUACACUUUGGUCUUGCUCAGGUACUCAUACAAAUUCUGUCAGUAAAAACAUUCUUAAUAUACAUAAACAUAUUACAAUCAAUAAAUCACGCAUGUUUAAAAAACACACCCAUUUCAAAUAUGGUCCAAACUGGAUAUAAACCGUGCCACCCCUAAGAUGGUGCCAUUUCAUGUUCGGACACAUACUUCCGGUUUUACAGCCAUAUUAGUAAUAUUUUCUGAAAUAUAUAAAUGGGAUAUACUUAAAGGAUCAAUAUAGGGUCAGGAACACAAACAUGUAUUCCUGACCCUAUAGUGUUAAAACCACCAUCUAGCCCCAUGCCUCCAUAAAUAUAGCAAACUCUUACUGUAUUCAAGCCUGAAGCUGUAGAUCUGCAUGGUGUUUGUCUCAGAAAAACAAGCUGUUUGCUGACAUCAUCAGAAGUGGUAGCCUGAUCCAAUCACAAUGCUUCCCCAUAGGAUAGGCUGAGACUGACAAAGAGGCAGAUCGGGGCAGAGCCAGCAUGAUUCAAACACAGCCCUGGCCAAUCAUCAUCUCCUCAUGGAGAUUAAUUGAAUCAAUGAAUCUCUAUGAGGAACGUUCAGUGUCUGCAUGCAGAGAGAGGAGAUACUGAAUGUUUGGAUGCAUUUUAGGCAGCCAUGAGCCAGGAAGGAUCUCUAACAGCUAUCGGAGGAGUGGCCAGUGAAGUUAUCACUAUGCUGUAAUGUAAACACUGCUUUUUCUCUGAAAAGACAGUGUUUACAGCAAAAAGCCUGAAGGUAAUGAUUCUACUCAUCAGAACAAAUCCAAUAAGCUGUAGUUGUUCUGGUGACUAUAGUGUACCUUUAACAUCAUCAUAAUUAUGCCCAACAAAUAUGCCCAACAAAUAAAACAAAACAAUUUCAUUGCAUAUGUGCCUGAACUGGAAACGGCACCAUCUUAGGGGUGGAGCGGUAUAUAUCCAGUUUGGACCCUAUUUGAAAUGGGUGUGUUUUUUUUUAAACAUGUGUGAUUGAUUGUAAUAUAUUUAUGUAUAUUAAGAAUGUUUUUACUGACAGAAUUUGUAUGAACACCUAAGGAAGACCAAAGUGUAGGGCUAAAAUGCAUUGUGCACUUAUUUUAUGCUUUAUCUAUGCAAUAAAUCAUCUUUAUACAUCUACCGCUUUUUGGAGUUCCUACUUCCAGCUAUUCAGCACCUCCUGGGACCCCAACUGCUAGAGAAAUUUAUUCAUAUGCUCCAUAAGUCCACAGCCAACUUUAAUGGGUAUAGAAAAUUGUGAGUGUUCUGAAUUCUAAAUCUUACUCACGAUAUAUCCUGACAGAUUACACUAUGUUGUGUUCUAUUUCUGUUUUUAUAUAGGAUUAAUAUAUAUAAUUCUAAGUUAAGAAGAGACUAUAUGUGAAGUAAUUAAUCCUUUUUAUGUGUGUGUGCUUAUCACCUUGUUUGGUUUUAUACUGUUUUGCACUUUUAAGUAUAUUUAGUGACAAAUAUAAUUGGGUGAAUCAGUUGCCCUGUUUUUUUUCUACUCUUGAGCGCCACCUAUAUUCUGUUUGUAAAAAAGAUUGCCUAUUUUCAGCGUCCAAUCAAAUUUCUAAAUAAGAAAGAGAAGUUACAUUUAAAUUUUUGCUUUUCUCUAAAAUACUCAAUCUAUUUUAUAUAAAUUCAUGGAAAAUAUUUUGUUUAAUACUGAAGGCCACAGAUAAUACUAAAGUAAUACUUUAGUAUAAAAAACUAAUAGGAAAAUUACUAGUUUUACUUCACAUUGUUAUUACAACAUAGAAACAUAGAAUGUGACGGCAGAUAAGAACCAUCCGGCCCAUCUAGUCUGCCCACUAGAUGGGAUGUCUGUGUGUAGAUAUACAUUGCCGUCUUAGAUCUGAUUUAGAAUGCAGCUAUGUGCACUCAGGGAUUGUAGUUGAUUUAAAAACAAAAUUGAACAAUUUGGGAAAUCUGAUUGGGAAAUAUUCUCUAACUCUGCAAUAGCCAUAGCUUAAAUUUUGCAAUUCGAUUUUCAGUUUACCACAGUUCAGUAAUUUGUGAAUUGACCACCGAAUAUGGCAAUAUGUACAGUUAGAAAGAAAAGGGAAAUUUUGCCCUGUAGGCCAGUAUUUGAUGUCUACGACCAUCUAAGGCUGACCACGUGGGCUUCUGUGAAAGAGAUGUUUCUGUUUGUGCUUUGCACAGUGAGGUGCCACAAGGCAAGAUGACUGGUAGAGGUGAAUAUUCUAUGUAUGAUUUUGUUUGACUUAAAUACACUCUUUGUUUCAAAUAAACCUAUCCUUUUUGGUUUGACUUAAAUGUACUCCACCAGUCAGUUUUGUCAAAUUGGCAAUUUUACAUUAAAAACUAGUAGAUUAUAAAAUAGGGAGAGAAUAAAAAACAAUGGGAGACAUCAGAGCCACUUUAAAGUUGAAAAAAAAACAGGAAACAAAAACAAUUCACUGUAAAUUAUUUAAUGUUUAAUGGACACUGUAAGCACCAAAACAACUUUAGCUUAAUGGAAUAUGUUUUGUUGUUGUUCUGUAUAGCUCACACCCAUGCAGUCUCAAUGCAUAGUUCUCUGCCAUUUAGGAGUUGAAUCACUUUGUUUAUGCAACCCUAGUGACACCUCUCUGCUUGUGAUUCACACAGCCUUUUGAGGCUGUGUGAAUCACAAGCAGAGAGGUGUCACUAGGGUUGCAUAAACAAAGUGCAUAAACAAUUCUUGUAAGGAGAGCUGUAAUGUUUAGACUUCCUUUAUUGCACAUUCUGUUUAACUUAGAAUUUUCUAUAUCCUACUUUAAUAGCUUUCUUUAGACCCUGCAGGAGCCUCCUGUGUAUGAUUCAAGUUUAAUUUACAGAGUAGGAGAUAAAAACUUUUAUAGUAAGUUAACACCCGAUUUAAAAUGAAACAAUGUUUUUUCCAUGCAGGCUGUAUGGGCAUGAUGUAUAGACCAAAACUGCAGCGCUAAAGUUAUUGUAUUUUUGCUUAGAGUAUCCCUUUUAAUUAAUUUUUAACAUAAACUUAGGUGAUGACACUGGAUAUUUUUCUAAGUCAAAGAGUACUGUUUACACCCAAGGCCUUGAAUUUACGUUCUGUUAACCCCUUAAGGACAGCGGGCAUGCUAUGCCAUCCUUGGGGACCCGGCUCUAAAUGCCAGGGGGUGGCAUAGCACGUCCCUGCCAUCCUGUUUACUUACCCGGUCGCUGACAUUCCCACGCCGGCAAUCGCGGUGGGGGGACUCACCUGGCAUCUGGAGUCCCCCUGCUGCCGUUCCGGCCCUCCUGGGCCAUGCGAUCGCGAGGACCUCACGAUCACAUGGACGGCAUAGCUGUCAUAGAAGUGCCAGCAGGGGGAGUGCCUGUAAUGACAGGUACUCACCCUGCUGCCUAUAAAAUGUAAUUUAAAAAAAGUUAAAACAGUUUAAAAUAAAAUUUUAUUUAUAUAUAUAUAUAUAUAUAUAUAUAUAUAUAUAUAUAUAUAUAUAUAUAUAUAUACACAUACACAUACACACUGUCUUUUUAUAUUAAUAUAUUAAUAUCAAAAUACACGCAGAAUGAUAUUGAUUAAAUAUAUUUAUAAUUAUAUAUAUAAUAUAAAUAUGUAAAUACGUUAAAAAAAUGUAGAAGUGUAAUUUCGUUCUCAAAUAGCUCAAAAUACCUGUAGAACUAAAUAACAUCUAUAUACAUAAGUAUAUACGUGUGUGUAUGUGUGUAUAUAUAUAUAUAUAUAUAUAUAUAUAUAUAUGUGUAUGUAUAUGUAAUAAUUUUACAUAAUUAGGUAAUUUUAUUCAUUAGAAUUUGCGGGACCUGCCUGACAACCCAGGCCAAAAUUAUGGGGAGUUUAAUUUGCUAGCACUAUAUUUAACCCUGUAACUUUCCAAGACAACAUAAAACCUGUACAUGGGGGGUACUGUUUUACUCGGUAGACUUUGCUGAACACAAAUAUUAGUGUUUCAAAACAGUAACAUUUAUUACAACGAUGAAAGUGAAAUUAUUUGAAUUUUUCACACCAAAUGGCACUUAUACGGACGAUAUUGUUGUGAUACGUUUUACUGUUUUGAAACACUAAUAUUUGUGUUCAUUGAAGUCUCCCAAGUAUAACAGUACCCCUCAUGUACUGGUUUUAUGGUGAUUUCAAAAGUUACAGAGUCAAAUCUAAGGCUUGCGUUUCAGUUUUUUCAUAUUGAAAUUCGCCAGAUUGGUUACAUUGCCUUUGAGACCGUAUGGUAGCCAAAGAAUGAAAAUUACCCCCAUGAUGGCAUACCAUUUGCAAUAGUAGACAACCCAAGGUAUUGUAAACGGGGUAGGUCCAGUCUUUUUUAGUAGCCACUUAGUCACAAACACUGGCCAAAAUUGGCGUUCAAAUUAGUUUUUUUGCAUUUUUCACACACAAACAAAUCUAUUAUUUAUUUAUUUUUUGUGUGAGGCUUUUCAUCUGGGUUUAGACCAGAUUACCUGGUCCCUUGUUCUCUGGGGACCCUGUGCCUUUUCUCUCUCCCUAACCUCGUUUACACUACCUUCCCGUCAGUCGGACACUAGGGGAACUGAAACUUAGAUGCUAGUUAGUACUCCAGACAAUUGAUCCCCUGGGUACUGUUUAGUAGAUCUCCCUUUUUUCAAGUUAUACUUUUUUGUUUGCAUAUCCCUUUUUAUCCUUAGAUUGAUUAAAGCUAGGGCCUCCCUUCCUCAUUUCUUAUACAGUGAAGCUCUCCUGAUGUUAGUUUCCCCUUGUGGGACUCUAUACAUCACCUUCUCCUAUUUCCUACAUAUUUUGGAGGGUUGCUCCUUAUUAGGUAGUUACAGUGGUGCAGCUCAUGAGCCCUUGACUUGUAUCCGGACUCCUGACCUGCACUCUGUUUACUUUAUUUCUCCAUUUUGUGUACUAUUGCAAAUGGUAUGCCAUCAUGGGGGUAAUUCUCAUUUCUGGGCUACCAUAAGGUCUCAAAGGCAACGUAAUCAAACUGGCGAAUUUCAAUGUGAAAAAACUGAAAAAUUUAACAUGCUAUAUUUGACCCUGUAACUUCCCAAACCACCAUAAAACCUGUACAUAGGGGGUACUGUUUUACACGUGAGACAUUGCUGAAUACAAAUAUGUGUAUUUUAUUGCAGUAAAAGCAAUUGGCAUUAUGACAUUCAGAGUUAAAAUGUCACUUAGAACUAAAAAUUUUUAAAAAGUCUUAUUCAUAAUAAAUUGUUUCAUAGCUAAAUAUUUGAUGUUAAAUGAAAGCCCUGUUUCCCUGAAUAAAAUUAUUUAUAUAUAUAUAUAUAUAUAUAUAUAUAUAUAUAUAUAUAUAUAUAUUUGUGGUCGUGGCAAUAUAGCCGUAUAUGGAAACAUAGCAUAUGAUAACAUAUCAAUAUUGGAAUUAGUCGGUUGUGGUGUGCCGAAACCGACAGAGGAGUAGGCCUGUAAAAGUGGGCCCACCUUAGAGGGUGUUUAUAAUAGAGGGAGUGGUGGGUGGGUUGACUCACCAGACCAUUACGGUAAUGUGGGAGUGGAUUGGCAGCCCUUUUAAAGGGAAACCAAGCCCCUCCCACAACUACAGGCCAAGCCUUUUAAUUUGUGGUCGUGGCAAUAUAGCCGUAUAUGGAAACAUAGCAUAUGAUAACAUAUCAAUAUUGGAAUUAGUCGGUUGUGGUGUGCCGAAACCGACAGAGGAGUAGGCCUGUAAAAGUGGGCAAAAAUAAAUUAUCAUAAGACGUAAUACGUUGACCAAACUUUAUUUAGAUAAAUCACAGAAAGCUAGUCUUAAUUCUUUAACAGGAUUGGGUAUGUAAAGAGUAUAAGCGGAAGAUUUCCAGCGUCCCAUUGUUUUGAUGAUGUGCGGAGGAAUGUGGUUAGCAGAAGCUGUAGAUGCUGCUCCUAUUCGGAAAGAAUGACCCGAAAAUUGACUAGGGUUCAAGCCGAGUCUAGUCAACAGCAGUCUUACAUAUAGCAUAAACUUUACUGUAGUUAGAACGUUACCGUGCAGUUCUAGCAAAGGUUGUAAUGGUUGUUUGUGGAGUGAUAAAAGAUAAUUGUCAAAAUUUUGUACAGGGCACCAUUUGUUAUGAGUAGGGUAUAAGGGGAUCGUAACGGUAUGACCUAUGGCCUGGUUUUUGAGUGUUUUAGCGUGAGUAGGUAAUGGUCGUUUGUUUCGCUAAGUCCAUAAUUCUUAGGUAAUCAGGGGGCGUGAUAGUCCUAGUUGUGAAUUCGUUGGGACGGAGGAAUCCAUAAAAAGCAAGAUAUAUGGCUGAUUUUAUUACCGUGUUUGUCCUGGGCUCAAAAGGAGAGGAAUCUAACAAGUUUACUAGUGCAUGAAAUAUGUGGUUAUCAAUAGGUAGUCGUUUCUCGGGGAUAUGUGUAUCUAAUUUCUUAAUGCCUCUAAGAACUGUCUUGAUUUGAUAUGAGGACAGGAAACUCGUGGUGUUGGGUUGUUGAAUUAGCAUGUGGUGUUGAAUUCCCGUAAGGUAUAGUUUUAUAGUGUUAAAUGAUAGUUUAAGGUUGAUGUGGCAAAAAGAAGUGAAACCCAAUAUUGUUUCUAUCGUGAACAUAUCGUGAAUGUGAAAUUCAGUGAUGAAUUUUUUGAAUAUGUGAAAAGCUCUGUCGUAAGUGUUUCUAGUGUUUACAGAGAGUGCCAUGUGAGAAAUGUGACGUGCGUGAUUUAACAAAACUUUUAAUCCAUUAUCAUGUCUGUGAAAAGUGGGACUGGAGUUGCCCGUCUGGAGGCGGUGGGUAGUGUCGUGAAGAAUUCCUGAAAACGAAAUCGAGACAAGUGAUCAGCACUGAUGUUUGUGCACCCUGGAACGUGAAUACAUGUUAGAAAGAAUUGACAAGUGGCUGCUAUCCAUGUGAGUCACCUCAAUAGCCUCAUAAUUACCAGGGAUGAAGACCGGCCUUUAUUGACAAUAUGGCAAGUAGCCAUAUUAUCAGAAUAGCACCACACCGUGUGACCGGACCACUGGCGGCCCCAGGUAACGGCCGCAGCCACGAUGGGGUACAAUUCGAAUAAAGCUGAGGUCUCUGUGAAUUUUGUGAGUGAUUUGACCUCAGUUGGCCAUGGCCCCACGAGCCAUAUGUCACCCCAUAUGGCUGCAAACCCCGUGUUUGCUGCAGCGUCUGUCCAUAUUGUGGGUGAAGUGUCUGAGUGAGAUGGUAUAAACAUGGCACGCCCAUUCCAAGAAGUGAGGAAAAUCCUCCACAUGCUCAAAUCGGAUGUCGCAUGUUUGUCUAGUGAAAUGUAAGAUGUGUCUGAGGUGAAUUGUGGAAAUAGUGAUAGCAAAUGUGAAAUAAAUGAUCUCCCCUGGGGAAUGAUUCUCAUUGCAAAAUUAAGCGAUCCCAGCAAUGAUUGUAGGUCUUUCUUAGUGCAACGACCUUGCUGUAGGUAGUGGUCAAUACUUGCCAGGAUACGCUCAAUUUUCUCCUGAGGGAGGCUGGCCUGCAUGUGUACUGUGUCUAGUUGUAUUCCUAAAAAUUGCAUCUGGGUGGCGGGCCCCAGGGUCUUGUGUGGGGAGACUGGAACAGAAAGUGACUCAAAUAAUGCCAACAUGUGUUUUAAACUUGUGGGUGGACUUGUGUUGUUCUCAAUUGUGAGGAAGUCGUCUAAAUAGUGAAUCACAGAGGGACAUUGGUAAACAUUUAGCAACAACCAACAUAAAGCCUCUGCAAAUGUGUCGAAAAUACGCGGGCUGCUCUUAGAGCCAAAAGUGAGACGAGUGAAGAAAUAGUAUAACCCUUCCCAUUUAAUGCCGUGAAGGUGCCAAAGUGUAGGGUGCAUAGGCAGUAGUUUGAAGGCAUUUACUACAUCCGUUUUGCUUAACCAUGCCCCUGUGCCAGCUUUAAUGAUAGCCCCGAUGGCAUGGUCGAUAGUGGCGUAAUGUAGUGAAAACUCUUCAGAUGGUAUCAGUGAAUUUAGGCUAGGGACCGUGGAGGAAUGUGGUGCGGAUAAAUCAAUGAUCAGCCUGGGUUUAAGUGAGUUUUUCCCCGUGACAAUCCCAAUGGGAUUGGUUCUCCAAGAAUUGAAGGGUGGUGAAAGGAAUGGACCCAGCAAAAACCUUGUUUCACCUCGGUUGUGAUAAGUUUAAGUACCAGCUGUGGGUCAUCCCGUGUGGAAAGUAAGUUGUCACAUUCCAGUGUGCCUGUGGGUAAAUGUAUCAACCCUGUGUGAAAUCCUUCUGCUAAUCCUGUUAUGAGAUAGUCGCUGAAGUGUCGUGAUGGGUGUAGACGUAGCAAAUCGGUGAAUAAGCUGAGGUUCACGCAUGUGAGAUAGGGUUUUGGGAAAGCUUUAUUUGGGCACAUUGUCUUGGAAUGAGCCCUGAAACAAUGUGAACAAACAUGCAUUAGUCUACAGGAACUAAAACCACAAUUGCCGGCAUUAAAAUUGUUACAUACUUGGGAUUUCCCUAAGAAGACAAUAUCUCUUCCUAGUUUGUCUUUCAAACCUUUGUUUGAUCUUGGGGGGUAAGUUGCUGCUUGGUUUUGUUCUACCUCAGCUGUAUUAGGGCAGAAAUUUGUGCUGUGGGUUGCUGAUGAGCAUACUGCACAAGUUGGGGGCCUGAGGCCUGCAAAGUGCCUACAGAAUAGCUCAGUGUCCAACUUGCUCCAAUUGAUGUUUAAGUUGAACUGAGCCAGAGCUGCUGCCACUUUUGCAGAGAAGGAACGAUGGUAAUCGUAGAACGCUGUACCACCGUAUUUGUGUCCCAGAUCCACCAACUUGUGCAUGUACGUAUCCAGCUCGGCUCUUUUCCCUGGGUAUACAGUGCAAUAUACAUCCCUAUAGAUGCCAAACCCUAAUACAAAUUCUGGGAUGUUCAAUUUUUUGUUUAGGCGAGGGUCUCUAGCUCUAAGGACUACGGAAACAUCCCUACAAGCAAAGGUCCUGUUUUCAAGGACAUCCUGGGAGGCAAUGAGCAAUGAAGCUAGGUUAACGUCCUUGCCUUCCAGAAUGUCUUUUUUAAGGUGAGCUGGGACCAUAUGUGAAGGAUCAAUGGAUUCUAUGUCAGCCGUAGCUGCCAGGGUAUUACCGGGUAAGGUAUUAGCAAGAGGCUGAGUGGUGACCGUUGCAUUUGUGGACUGAGUAACACUACCGGCCUCCAAUUUGUCCAGCCUGUCGCUGAUUGUCCCUAUGGAUGUCAUAAGGGACGUCAUCAUAGCAUGAAAUGCUGGUAUUUGCGAUCCACUAGUGCCUUCCCCUGCAUCGGAGUUGUCAGUGGUAGUGUAUAAUAGCCUAUACAACUCCGCCUUCCUAGCUGUAGCCGGGAAAGGGAUGCAGCGUCUUCUUAGUUCAGCUGUAAGACGUGGGAUGGUCCAUGAUCUAAGGGAUGCAGGGCUAUUCACAUCUGUACCCGGAACAGGGGUGGCAGGCCUAGUGGGUGUGCUAGGUAGUGACAGUUCUUCAGGGAUAUCAGGUGUUAGUGACAUAACUGAAAUUAUAAAUAUAAACAGUCAGUCGUAUGAAAUGUAUUGUGGGUGGGUACUGGUGGGCUAGCUAAGUACCAAGCGGUGAAACAAUUAAACUUCUUUUGAGAGUGACAGAUGAGACCCUGCUAGUUGCCAAGCGGCUUGAGAGGCACUAUCUAUGCGUGGGCCUGAGGGGAAGAUUGAGGCCACCGAACGUUGUGGCGGGGUGUAGGCCUCUCGGUGUCAUUUAAAGCAUAAAAAAGAUUGGGAGUGACAGGUGAGGCCCUCUCUGUAUAUUAAUGCGAGGCGGCUAGCUAUGAUUUGGCCCGAGGGACGUAUUACCUCCGAGUGUGAGGUUAGGGAUGUUGGCCUCGCGGGACCACUAGCCUAUGGAUUAAGACCAGAAAUAUUUUAACUAAUUGGGCCACCUAACCUAGGACCAGUACCCCUCAAUAUUUUUAGGGUAUAUUGGGUUCUGGCGUAGUACCUGAUAGUGAGUCAGGCUGAUCUCUCAAUGACGUAACUGUGAUAUUUGUCGGGUAGUUUGACCUGUAGGUAUAAGAUGAUAAGUAAAUAUCUGGAAAGUGGGGUGGUAGUUAGGCCAGAUCGUGGACCAGAACCUACCCGAUAACUGCGGAGGAGAUAUAAUCAAAAGAAACCGGCUCCUUGCUUGUAAAAGCUACCGUUCCAAUGAUUAAACCUAGGAGAGUAAAUUAUAACAUUUUACCUAAAAUCAUAUGUUUAUAUGGUCAUUUAUAUGAAUCAUAUGACAAUGUUACCAACCUAUAAAGUAUAAUUGAUACCGAUCACUGGGUCCCCAAAUUUUAAUAUGAAUUCUGGUAAGGUAACCUGUUUGAAGAUGUCAGAAAUCAGGAUUGAAUUAAGUGUAGCAUAAUUUAAUACAUUUUAAUUUGUAUUUUUUUUAUUUUUUUUUUUUUUAUUUAUUUUGGUGCUAUAUCAUUAUUGACCUGUAGGGGGCGAGAUUCCACCUAAGAAGUGGAUGCAGGAUCUUGUAUAAUUAGUGAGAAAUGCACGAAUUUGAGUCGAAUGUGAUGAUAGUAUAUAAUGACUAUUUUGUAAAGUAGAAAUCCUAAGUAUCUAGCCGAAUGUAGCGUUCGUAUGAAAUUUAAAACAUGAAUUACAUAGCUUAGCGGCGAAGUGUAUUUAGGCGAAAAUAACCGAAUGCGUUUGAAUGCGAAUGGGGCUCCGCCGUGUAAGCCGUAAAUGUGAAGCGGUUUGCUUUACGGCGGGCCCACUUACGUUUUUUUUUGUUUUUUUUUGGCGGCAGCAGUACCGGGGAAGCUGUGCAGUCGGCGGUGACGGCGGGAAAAGCGCCCUGGAGAGCCCGGAACCACUCAGGAGGGCACCGGACCAGGAGACCACGAGGAAACAGGUAAGAGGAAUCCAAAAUGGCGGUCUGAACCGGAAGUAACGUUUCAGACUCGCCAGACCAUUACGGUAAUGUGGGAGUGGAUUGGCAGCCCUUUUAAAGGGAAACCAAGCCCCUCCCACAACUACAGGCCAAGCCUUUUAAUAUAUAAUAAGUUUGGGUGCACUUAAUAUAUACGGUUGAACAGACAUAUAAUCAGAUUCCAGAUUUUGUUUUGUUUUGGUCACAAUGUGUACAUUUGGAUCAGUCCUUAAAGGGUUAAAGGGAUGUUCCAGGACCAUUGUCCUCUUCCAUUUUAAUACAUCAUAAAUGGCAUGUAAAAUAAUUUAAAAAAAAAUAAAAUAUAAAAAUUAUUUUUUUUAUAAAGGUGUUUUUGCUUAAAGUAGGAAAUAGUUUGUUGACAUGUCUCACAGGAUAUGUAUUACAUAUUCUGUAUCAGUAGCUGUACUGGAAAAAAUCUCCAUCUCAGCUAUGCCUCUAGUUUGGUUAUGUUGCCCUUAAAAUUGGAUUUAACUGUGAAUUGCCAACAAUUCUCACAUUGGUGGAUAAUCUUGCAUGAUUUGAGACAUAAACAAAGGGGGAAAAAACUAUUUGUGUUUAAAUGAACACUGUAGUGUCAGGGAUACAAACAUGUAUUCCUGACAUUAUAGUCUUGGAAUUCAGGAUUAAAUCCCCAGCCCCAGAAUGAUUUAAGAAGGUGAGUUUUCUCACAUUUUCUCCAAAGCCACGCCAGUCUUGCCAUGGCUGGCAAUUUUGAUAAAUUUCAGCCAAUCCAAUCGUCUACCAUAGGAAAGCAUUGGUAGUCUAUUGCGCAUGUACAGGAAAAACACAGUGCUUUUCCAAUCAGCAUCUCCUUAUAGAGACGCAUAGAUUCAGUGCAUCUAUAGGUAACGUUCAGUGUAUCUAUGCAGAGCAUUGCACUGACACAGGAAGCAUCUGUGACUGACUUUAGAGGUAUUAGUUAGCACCAAUGUAAGCAUUGCCUUUUCAAUGUACAAGGCAGCGUUUACAUUGAAAAGUCUGGAGGGGCAAGCUAUUGACACCAGAACCAUUACAUUAAGUUUUGUUGUUCUGGUGUCUACAGUGUCCCUUUAUAUGCUGAGCAUUGAGCUAUGGCAUGACAGACUGAUGUAAAUUGAGUGUGCCUUAAGAGGUUAACUUUGGCUCAUUUUUCCAAUAGAAAAUCCAUAUAUUCUGCUUUUCCUUACAGUGUGCCAAGCAUAAGAAAAUGUAUGUGUCAGCAGAUGGGUUAUUCUUUGUUUUUUUUCUAAGUGUCUGUUAAAAUGUUCAUGUAAUUUCUUCCCUUCUCUAGUUUCACACUCACUCUCCUUAUAGUCUGGCAUCUUUCUUUUAUAUUAGUGUAAUAUCUGACCAGGCGGUUUGCAUAUUUUUUCUUUUUCUUUUCUCUCUCAUUGCGUGCUGCUUUUUCAAAAGUAAAUUUUAUACUGUUUACCUUUAUCCGCUCACUCUAACUAACCCUUAGAAAACUGUGCACUGUUACCUGCUCUUUUGCAGCUUUCAUGAAUGCUCUCUGUGUGCGUCUACUGAGCUGGCCACACUGCUGUUGUCGGAAUUCAUUAUAGACUCUUCUAUUUUCUUAGCAUGAUCACUAAGUAAUUCACUUAAAGGACCACUAUAGGCACCCAGACCACUUCAGCUUAAUAAAGUGGUCUGGGUGCCAGGUCCAGCCAGGUUUAACCCUUUUUUUUCUAUAAACAUAGCAGUUUCAGAGAAACUGCUAUGUUUAUAAAUGGGUUAAUCCAGCCUCUAGUGGCUGUCUCAUUGACAGCCGCUAGAGGCGCUUCCACGCUUCUCACUAUGAUUUUACAUAGUGAGAGUAGACGCCAGCGUCCAUAGGAAAGCAUUGUGAAUGCCUUCCUAUGGAAUGGCUGAAUGCGCGCGCGGCUCCUGCCGUGCAUGCGCAUUCAGCCGAGGAGGAGAGGAGGAGGAGAAGAGUCCCGCGCCCGGCGCUGGAGAAAGAGGUACGUUUAACCCCUUCCACCCCCUAGAGCCCGGCGGGAGGGGGACCCUGAGGGUGGGGGCACCCUCAGGGCACUAUAGUGGUCCUUUAAGCGUUGUAUUCGCUUGCUGUACGAUGUCACAUGGAUUACUUACAAGGUAUGCUAUUUUAAUAAAUGAUAACAUCGUUAAUAACAUCACAUUUUAUCCUCUCUAAUAAUAGCUGCUUAUCAACCGUGUGUUCAAAAGAAGCUACUUUUUACCAGAAGGAGAAGUGAUCCAUUGCGAUUGUCAGGCUUAUGCAAACAAUUGUAAGUAUUUAUAAAGGCAAUAACUAAAGAUGUAUUAAUGCCAAGUACAAAAAGUGAAAGGGCACACAAUUAUAUUUUACAUUUUUAGUAUAUGAUAGAAUGGUACUUUUUCAACAAAAGUUAUUAGCAGACCCUGUAUAGUAGAAGCAUAAAAAGUACCAUAGUCUAAUAUGUAAAAAAUCAAUAUUACGGUGGUAUGGUUAAAAUGGAAUACUCCCAAUUUACAGAGCUAUUUUAAAGAUUGGCGCCGAAUUUCAGUGAGACCUCAUUUAUAACCAUCUAUCCCUAUUGUGGAUGAAUUGCAUCUAUAGUUCAGAGCCAAUCUUUAGAAUUGUCUUCUAAUAACUUCUAUUGAAAAAGUCCUGUCUAUCAUAUACUAAAAAGAUAAAAUAUAAUCAACUUGAGCGCUUUCCCUUUUUUGUACUGGGUUUUAUCUAUUUAUUGAGUGUAUUUAGGAACAAUACAUUCUGGUUGUUUUUGCUGCACUGGGUUAUAUUUUAAAUAACACCACUUAUUCCUUCUGUCUUUUCUGUAUAAAAGAUUUAUUAAAGUCUACUUUGUUUUCUCCAUCUAAAACACAUUUUAAUACAUAUUUUUCUGCUGUGUUCAAGCACCAAUUUAGAUGCAUAUGAAUGUUAUUGCGUACAUUUGCCAUAAAAUCCUGCAGCACUGCUCAUUCAACUGAAUGAGAAAUCUGUGCAGAAAUUUGCAAAACGAUGUGUACAAUUUUCUUCUAGUGUCUCACCUCUCUCUUUUAGAAAAAUCUCAGUAUAUUUCUGAUUGAUAAUCGAUGUUUAUUAAAGUGUCUGUUUAAUUAUGGUGUUUCAGUCACAACCUUUAGUUUUGUCUGUAACAAUUUAAGGUGACUGCAUCUUCUUCUACUGAUUGCUGGAUUCCCUAUGGCCAGAUGUACAUUUAAUCUGGCAUGUCUGUGACUAUCUAUGGUGUUCACCGAGACAAAGUAGAGACCUCAUUGUGAGCCUGAUGUUGUUGAUGUGCACUUCAAUCCAAUUAAAGCUGCUAUUUAUUGAGCUAUUUGUGUUCCCGUACAUCUUUGGACUCUACUGUGGUUGAUGGAGUUUGUACCAACUCCUGGUUGGUUAACAUCUGCAGGUCACAGGAAUGUGUGCAGUCCCUGUCUAUUUUCUAUACAAAUCUAUGGUGUUCAAAGAUGUCUGUGAUGCUCUUUCUCAAUAAUUAACAUACUUAUAGUGCUUUCACAUAAUAUUUCAUUAUUAAAUCAAAUUUGUGUGCUGUAGAUGUCCUGUUGGUAUGAUGCACACCACUUCACAUACUGUAGAUCCUCUGGAGAUGAAGAAAUUCCAGGCAUGGUCAUCAAAAUGGUGGGAUGAGGAAGGAGUCUACUCUCCGCUCCAUGCAAUGAAUGAAAUUCGUGUGCCCUUCAUAAGGUAUCAAGUAUUUACUGUCUGUCAAAAUUCACCUCACUUUUGUUAUAAGUUAGUUAUAAUUCAGUUGUUUUUUGUUGUUGUUUUUUUUGUAGUAAAGUUUGAUGGGGUUUAUAUUUAAUGGACUGUAAACAUUUCAGAAAUAUUUUAGUGCUUUGGACUUACUGUGGAUUUAGAUAUCCUGCUGUAGUGCUUUUUACAGACCUACCACUAUGAUAUUGAUAUAAGUGCAAUAACGGUAGAUUUGGUCUUAUUAAGAUGUAAAUGUUCAGUUAUCUUGAAAGAUUUACCUGUUGGAAUAUAUUACUGGUGUAAUUCUAGAUGGUAAUAUUUUGCACUUGAUAAAGAAUAUUUUGCACUUGGUUUCAAAAAUUAAUUUUAUGUAUUCUUAGAGACAUCCUUAUGAGCAAGGACUACAGUCACGAUGUUGGGUGUCCUCUGGCAGGUGUGACUCUCUUAGACGUUGGCUGUGGAGGAGGAAUUUUGUCUGAGGUAAUAUUGAACUAAAUUUCUUAAAUGACAAUUUACUGAAAUUAUUAUAUUUGUUAUUGCAAUGAAGUCUUGGCCUUAUCAUAGCUGUAAUGAUUUACUGUAAAAACGUAUGUUCUAGCAACUCUCCAUUAUUAUUGGGAAGGAGGGGGUUGGUACUUAUUUAUUUUUAUUUUUUAAGGAAUAUGCCAUAAGUGCAAGUGCACAUAUUAAGCAGCUUGUUUAGUACAUAUUCAAUGUACACUAUAGACAAAAGUAUUUGGACAUCUGACCAUUACACCAACAUAGACUUUCAUGACUUCGCUUUCUAAAUACAUAGAUAUUACUAUGUAGUUCAUAUCCUAUUUGCAGCUAUAACAGUUUCCACUCUUAUGGGAAGGAUUUCCACAAGAGUUUGGAGUGUUACUGUGGGAAUUUUUGCCCAUUCAUUCAACAGAGCAUUUGUGAGGUCAGGCACUUAUUUUGGAUGAAAAGGCCUGGUUCGCAAUCUCUGUUACAGUUAAUCCCAAAGGUGUUUGAUGGGAUUGAGGUCAGGGCUCUGUGCAAACCAGUAUAUUUCUUCCACACCAAAUUCAUCCAACCAUGUCUUUAUGGACCUUGCUUUGUGCACUGGGGCACAGUCAUGCCGGAAUAAAAAAGGGCCUUCCCCAAGCUUUUCCCAUAAAGUUGGAAGCAUAGCAUUGUCCAAAAUGUUUUGGUAUGCUGAAGCAUUGAGAUUUCCCUUCACUGAAAGUAAGGGGCCUAGCCCAAUCCCUUAGAAACAGCCCAUACCAUUAUAACUCCUCCAUCAAAUUUUACAGUUGGCACAGUACAGUCAGGCAGGCAAUGUUCUCCUGACAUCACCCAUCACACUGCCAAACAGAGAAGCGUGAUUCGUCACUCCACAGAAUACAUUUCCACUGCUCCAGAGUCCAGUGGUGUUGUGCUUUUACACUACUUGAUCUAACGCUUGUCGUUGUAGUUAGUGAUGUGAGGCCUACAUGUUCCUGCUCGGCCAUGGAAACCCAUUCCAUGAUGCUCUUGACGCACAAUUUUAUUGCUGAUAUUAACACCAGUGGAAGUUUGUAACUCUUUAGUUAUGAAAUCAGCAGAGCAUUGGUGAGUUUUACGCACCAUGUGCUUCAUUACUCGGUGAGCUCGCUUUGUGACUUUACUUGGUCUUCCGCUUCGUGGCAGAGUUGCUGCUGUUCCUAAAUAUUUCCACUUUCCAAAUAUACGACUUACAGUUGACAGUGGAAUAUCUAGCAGGGAUGAAGUUUCACGAACUGACUUAUUGCUAAGGUUGCAUACGAUCACAGUACCACACUUGAAUUCACCGAGCUCUUCACACCCAUUUUUUUCACAAAUGCUAGUAAAUGCAGACUGUAUGGCUAGGUGCUUGAUUUUAUAGUGUGGGUCUAAUUGAAACACCUUGUAUUCAAUAAUUAGGAGGUGUGUCCCAGUGCAUUUGCCCAUUAGUGUACAUACAUGCUAAAGAUGCAGUGACCAUUUUUGGGAGUGAAGUGGCACAAUGAUUUUUUUGUGUGUUUUUGUUUUUUUGUAUUUCUUUUUUCAGUGGAGUGUUUUCCUUCCUAUAGAUUUUUGUUUUUUGGUGUUUAUCUAGCACCAACAUUUUGUGUAGGACUUUGGCAAACUAAUAAAAAUUUUAAUAGGAAUUAAGCGGAUACUGAGGUCUUGGAACAGAGGUAGGCAACCUUUUGGUUUUUAAAUAUUGUGGACUACAUCUUCCAUAGUGCGUGUGUUUUUUUUUUUUUUUUAAAACCAUGUUCUGGGGUUUUUAUUUUUUUUGCAUAAAACUGAUUUUAAAUGUUAUUUUAUUCUCUACUGUGAUCUACCCUCUCUUAGCCACUUGGUAGACUUGGAGCUACAGUUACAGGAAUAGAUCCUUUGGAGGAUAACAUUAAAACGGCAGAACUGCACAAAUCCUAUGAUCCUACCCUUGAACACAUGAUACAGUACAGAUCAUGCUCAUUGGAAGACAUUGUGGAUGAAAACAAGCAAUAUUUUGAUGCAGUUGUAGCAUCUGAAGUUAUAGAACAUGUGGUUGACAAGGAAUUAUUUAUCCAGAACUGCUUCCAUUUACUAAAGGUAGGCCAUCACAAAUAAAUAUAAAUUAAUUUUAUAUAUUUUAUAUAUAAUUUGUUUUAGUGUAUUACGAUAAUGAAUAUCAUGGUACAUUACUAAAAACAAAACUGUGAUUAAAAAUAAUGUUCGUUUAAGUUCACUUUUGUUUCUCAAAGCCAGGUGGAUCUCUUAUUAUUACAACUAUCAACAAAACCAAGUUAUCCUAUGCUUUAGGUAUAGUGGUAGCUGAGAAGAUAAUGGGCCUUGUCCCAGAGGGCACUCAUGACUGGGAAAAAUUUAUCUCUCCAGAGGAAUUGGAGCGGAUUUUAGAAUCAAGUGAGUCUUUUAGGUCUUGCUUGUAGAUAAUUAGAACCACUGUUUUAAAGUAUAUUUUUGUUUUCUUACCUGACUAACAAAUAUUAUUUAUCUACACAGAUGGUUAUGUUGUAGAGACCCUAAGGGGAAUGUUGUACAAUCCACUGUCUGGUUCUUGGAGUUGGAUCGAGGACACCAGCAUUAACUAUGCCAUCCAUGCCGUAAAAACUGUUGCUCAGAAACAGUCUACAGAUAUAGGGUUUGAGCGUGAGUGGGAGAAACCUAAGGCAGCACAAGCUUUUGCAUGAAAACUCUUUGGGAAUAAAACCAUGCCAGCCUCCUGUUACACCACCUCAACAAAGAAGAAAUGCCUGUGAAAAUAGUGUGCAGAAGCUAUAGACUUUGUUAUGACUACUUAUGUAAAUCUAGUAGCUUUCAAAAAUAUGGCAGUGUGUGUGUCUUUGAUUGGAAAAGAAUCCCUCCAUUUGCAGUUUUUAGAAAACUUCUGAGUAACUUAAGAAACUAGACUAUUGGUAGUGUUAAGUAUUUUGUGAUUUGCAUGCCGAAGGCACCAAGUUGCUUGCAGUCAGGGCUGGUUCUUCCACAACUCUACAAUAAGUUAAAAUAUACAAGCACUCGGCAUGAAUUACAUAUCCCUGGCCAGGUCUCGGUUCCCACAGUAUAAUGUCCAAAUAUUAGCCAGAUCAGAGGUGCCAAGCCCAAGGGAUCAUUGAAUAAAGUUUUGACUGGGCAUUGGGCACAUCUCGAUCUAGCGUGGAACUCCAGACUGAUGGCGGCUAAGUGCUGGUCUUUAAUUGGGAGUUCCUGCGGUCUUGAAAAAGUUGUCUCCCCCUGGCUCUUGGCUAGGGAUUGUUGGUAAUGUCCCUCCUUACUUCCCCUCCAAAUAGCACUCUCUUAGGUAUCUGCAAAAGUAGGUAAAAUGGGUCGCACAGGAGUUCCAGAGGAUUAGGGUCCACUGAAGAUUUUGCGGGUGCUCCAGCCUUGAAGGACAAUGCUACUGGUUAAAAUGAGAGUGUGUGCUGACAGAAUACAUGAAGGGUUGAGUAGAGAAGAGCCAAAGGAGUGAUAUAGUUGUUUGAUGAUGCAGUAUAAUAGAGUCCUGUGCCAGUAAUCCAUGGAAAUACACAGGUUCUGCCACAAUUUGCAGUUUCCUUUUCAGUUUUCAAUAGUUUCCAUUUUAAUGAAUAACUGUUUCCCACCCGGGAGAGACAAUCAAAAUUUGCCUCUUUGUGUUCCUUAAGUUUUUGUUUUUGGAAGUAAGAGAGUACAGUAAACAUAUAGGUGUUUAUUCACUGAGCAAGUUGUGCAACAUGAAAGCGGUGUUUCGUAAUUUAGAUCAAAACACAUCCAGCUACCUUUUGCAGGUUGUUUGUCAUGCCACUGCAAUCUGUUUAGUGAAUAAACAUGUAGUAAUAUUUAAUUUAUUGCAAAUUAUUAUUUGUGAUUUUAUAAUCUUUAUUGUAUUUUUUUCAUUUUAUUGCAAAUUACUUAAAAAAAACGAACCAGUAAAAGCAGAUGAGAAAUAUAGCUUUGACCGUCAUUUCAGUGGGCACCACAUUGGACUAUAUUUUCAAACCACUUACCACAUCUUAGGUGAC